GUCGAGCACAGACUUCGAUCGCAGUUGAGGCUGCGAGCGCAACAUUAUUCGAGAGUCACACACUCAGAUGCCAUGUCCGGAUCUUGACUCGUUGUCGGCCAUCUGACGGGCGAGUCGCCCGCACCACCCUGAACAAUGUCGGACGCGCCGCGAAGCGAGUUGUACAACAACAACAACAACAACCAUGAACUAGAAACCCCGGUCGUCGACGAGGGUGGGAGUGGGACCGCGCCAUCUGCGUUCAAUGACAGCGCAUCAAAAUCACGGACCUUGGCCUCAGGUCUCCCACGGACUCUCGCCAGUGCUCGCUCGAAUCCCGCACUGCUGCCCUCACGACCCGCUGGCCUCGUGAAAGAUAUGGCCAGCAAGUGGGAAAGCAGCGGGCUUCCGCCGCUAUCCCUCAGCUCUACCGAGCGUGAGAACUCCCGACGACCAUCUAUUCCGGGGAGAACGACAGCGCCCAGAUCUCCCGUCAGUGCAUCAAGCGGGGAGGGCAAGGAGCGCGUGAGAUUGCAAAAGAAGCGACCUGCACAUACUCACAAGUCAACCGCCAAGUCACCAUCGACGUCGUUCGAGGCCAACAGCUCCUUCUCAUCUGUCGGCACUACUCGCACCACACGCAGCCAGCCACAUUCCGCCUUCAGCCCGAAACACCGACCUACGUCGCCGAAGCAGCACUCGCGACCGCUGUUUGGUGAGAUCACUGCGGAUGGGAUAUGGAAUGGCAACUUUGAGUUGGGCAAUUACGGACCGCUGCCAACCUUUGAAAAGACACCGCGACGGGGAAGCGAGGGCAGUCUGGCGCUGGGCCAUGGCCGCUCACAAUCGCAUCAGGACAUUGCUACUCCGUCUCUAGCCCCGCCGCAGCCGCAUCAGCACAAGCUGAACCAUCAGCGCAGCCGGAGCGAUAUGGAUGCUUUACGCCCGCAAGCUGUUCCCAGUAUGCCGGAUCUGGGAGCUCGCACCAUCCCUACACUGUAUCCCACACCACCUGACUCCAUAUCACGAAACUCAAGGUCGCGUCCUGCUGCAACGACAUCGCGAAUACCGAUUAGCAACCGCCAAGGAAACGACUCAUCCUCCUCGUUCCUCAGUUCGCCGUACACACGAUCUGCGUCAUCUAUGUCGAGCCACAGACGCAAGCUAUCCAAAUCCCCCACACGGCCCAGCACGGCAAAGGGAAAAGAGAACAACGCGCCGCCAUCUCGCAGCCGAUACGCACCUCCACCAAUCCCUACAGCUUCCUCGAACCAGACGCUUUCUGCCAAGAUAGUGGCCCCGCCUGCGAUAACCUCCCCGCCCUUGCGAUCAUCACGGCCUAGACAGCCAGUGAGUGCGGCGACAACUUCCGCUAGCCGUGCGAGAGCGGCCGAGCGAUUCGUGAGCGCGAAUCCUGGCAGGAGAGAUAUUCGACGGCCAAGCGAGCAGUGGCUUGGGAAACCAUACGAUCCGCAAAAAGAGAGAUCGCGGAGGAAGAUACCCGAGCUGGAUAAUGUGGACUUUGCGGAGCGCAGGGCCAGGAUACAGAAAGCGAUUACGGCAAGUCUGAGAUCCAACGAUUCGUACGAAAGCUUGCGGAGCGCAUCUCGCAGUCAGUCUAGGAGCCAGACGAGAAGCGCUUCACGAGGUCCCGUUCGACUAAGCACUGGCGACUUCGUGCCGCAAGCUAUCGCAGGCGCGGAGCGAAUGCAGCAAAGAGAGGGAAGCGCUGUGAAUGGACACUCGCGUGGUUUGAGCGUGGAGACGACCAGUCUUCAAGCACCACACGCACAGACUUCCGAUCUGCUCUCAGCGCAGACCGAGAAGACGUUCUUCGAGGACGAAAGCCCCGUCCUUGGACGGGCCGCAGCGGCGGAAGACUCAGAACAACCACAGGUGGAAGACGGCGGACCGCAGAUCCUGCUUGCACCCGUCACCUAUCAACCGCCAAGCCGCUCCGCAGCCGUUCCAAGUACCAUAGAACUAGGCCAGAGUGAGCCCGCGCAACCAAUUCAUAGCCCCAGCGUCCUAGACAACGUGAUGCGCAUGCGUAGGAGCAGUGGAUCAGAUGCCAGUGGUACGGGGACUGAAUUCGCGGAUGACAGUCCGUCCGCCAGAGACAGCACCAGUGAUGCGGAUGAUAGGUGGGGGUCUGGUAUCGAUCGGGGUGCAGAUCAAGGUUCAAUACGGAUCAUGCUGGACGAGGACCCAGAAACUAGUCAGCAUGCAGAACCGUGGCUCAGUGACAUGGGGAACAGCUCCGCUGAAUCCCGCCGCCGCGACUCACCCACACAAGGAGACGUUGUGCACACGCAAGCCUACAACGAACGAGCCUUUGCUGUCAACGGAUACACAGAAUCUCCAGACGACGAUGCAGUGACAUGUUUUCCGAACGAGCAGAAUACGACGCCCAAACGCCAGACCCGACCGCGAGACGACACCCUUCGACCUACAGUAUUCCGUCCAGACGCAUCGCCCGGCAUUGAUUCCCAAGAGACACUUGGCGCAGAUGGGGCCAUCGCUCGCGUGCUGGAGUACUAUCAGUCCACUGGAUCACUUACGCCGGACAUGCUUGAAGAGGUGCAGCAUCGCAUGGUGGACUUGCACCGAUUAUCUGCUAACGGCGGAUCCAACGGCAUCAUGAUACAAAGCCUGCUGGACAGUGUUUUGGAUAGUCAGGCCAAGGGACAAAGCACACCAGAAAAGCAAAUGCUGCAAGCUGGCACAUAUGAGAUGCCGUCGAUCACACCGGAUACACCGCCGAUGGGUGAUGGAUUUGUGCCAGGCACUGUCAUUGUAUAUGGCAACGAGACACCAAACAAUAACGAGGACGAUGAGGACGACUUCGAGGCGAAGAUCCGCAAGGCGGACGAAGCCUGGGAACGGCAGCAGCGCGGAGAAUAUCCCUUUGCACAGGAGGACGAUGAGAACAAACCUACACCUCCGCCAAAGGAUUUUGGGUACACACCGCGAUCCAGCACUGUGCCCAGCACCGGGUCCUUCACGCCAAGCAUGAAUGAGGCCGGCUUCAGACUGUCAACGAUAUCGACUACAGGAGGUCUGGACCUGCACGACAUCCAUGCAGCGGCUGAUCGUGCAAAUGCCACACCACCGGAUACCGAAGCGACGGCCCCAGAUGUCUCUUCAGCGCCUUCGCAUGCACCUCCGCCUGUACCGAACGAGACAUCUUUGAAACCAUCCGCUUUCCCUGAUCUCGCGCUGCCCACAUCUGCCUCCGAGAGAGGGUCUAGCGACCUCUCGCCGCGACUGAACAAAGGGACAUGGGCACAGUCUAGUUCUUCUAGGCCACCUUCAUCGCGACCUUCUACAGACAGUCAGCGAAUUCCACCGAGUCUGCCCACUUCUCAAUCCAUGACAUCUGUCUCGGAAACAACAAGGGUUGGCUCAGUGGACACAGGACGCGAUGGCGCUACGAAGACGCAGAGUGCUGCAUCGCCUGCCCCAGAACACAAGCGCCUUCUCAGGAGACGACACAUUAUCAAAGAACUGCUGGACACUGAAAACUCCUACCAUCAAGAUUUGAAGAUCAUCGAGGAUAUCUACAAAGCCACCUGCACCCCAGAACUGGUCCAGCCUGAAGAUAAGAAAGUGCUCUUCGGUAACUGCGAUGAGGUAGAGAAGUUUGCAUUGCAUUUCUAUGAUGAAAUGCGCAAGGCCGUCUCGCAGGUGUACACCCCUCCAAAGCAGCAUCGGUGGAUGAACAAGCGUGGUAGUUUCUCCACCACGCAAAGCGACGGCACGACAAGCACUUUCACCGAUGCAGUGGACAACGAAAAGGACCAGACGACAACGAUUGGGCGCACGUUUUUGAUGAACAUUCCACAAAUGGAGAAUGUGUACGGCACCUAUCUGAAAAACCACGAUGCUGCCAAUCAAAGGCUGUCGGCGAUCCAGAGCACGACGACUGUAAAGUGUUGGCUUGACGAGUGCCAUGCUAAUGCUAGCGACAUCACGUCUGCAUGGGAUCUGGACUCUCUUCUUGUGAAACCGACUCAACGUGUUGCCAAGUAUCCAAUGUUGCUCCAGCAAUUGCUCGAAGUCACACCAUCUGAGCAUCCCGAUCACGGUGACCUCAAAAGCGCAGUCAAAGAUUCAAUCGCUAUGCUGACACGAAUCAACGAUGCUAAGAAGCGCGCCGACCUCGUCGAUCAGAUUAUCAAUCCUGGCAAGCGCAAGGACACAGAUUUGCGCAGCGGUCUAGCCAAAGCCUUUGGACGCCGCACCGAGAAGCUCAAAGAACGAGUGGGCAUUGCUGAGGCCUUCCAAGACCCGGCCUUUGACGAUCUGGCCCACAAAUUCGGAGGCCAUUUCAUUCGAUUGCAGAUCUGUAUGCGAGAUGUGCAGGAUUACAUGCAUCGGACCGACAAAGCCAUUGAGCUCAUCAACAACUACGCCAACGCUCUGGAACUGUUCACUGACGUGUCUCCGAGCACACUCCCUGAAAUCGAGAGCAAGUACCGCAAAUAUGGCCAAGUCAUUCGUGAUCUGACAUUGAUCGCGUUUGGGGAGCACAAAGCCGAUGUGCAGAAGAGGGUUCUAGCUCCGAUGAUCCAAUGCAUCAAACUGCAUGAAGGUCCCCAGAAUGCGAUCAACAAGCGGAAGAAGAAGAUUGUUGACUACGCCAAAUGCAAGUCAGAAGAACGUCGUGGUCAAAAGCCUGACAAGAAGACCGUGGAGGCUUCGGAGCUGUACGUGGCUUUGAAUGAGCAGCUCAAGAUCGAUCUGCCGAAACUGUACACGCUCACUGCUCAGCUCGUCCAGAAUUGUCUCAACUGCUUCAUCGACAUCCAAUUGAAAUGGCAGGGUACUUGGGAGAGGAAGUUGAAACCUUUGCUGGAAGCCGCGGAUGUCCCAAGCAGCAUCCAGCAGAUUGAGCCUGCUUUCAAGCCUGACUUUGUCGAGAUAGAGAGGCGCUGCAACAAGCUGUCCAUUUGCAAUGGCACCUUGAAGGUGGAAGCCGCAAGCUUCCUGUCCACAACGCCGACACUCGCGGAAUCCUCAGAGACGACAAGCAAACGACGGCCUUCUACCCUCGAUAGCUCCAAUCGCACGCUAUCAGUCGGCAGCGAGUCGUCACACAAUGCCAAUAACCGACGCCACAGUGGUAUUUACUCCCCAGGCUCGGAAGGGCAGUUUCCAGCGGACUCACGGAAUCGAUCAAGUUCGGCCAUUGCCAGUCGCCAACCUGCCCCUUCUGCUGCGGCUGGCUCUCGGCCGUGGCCAAAUUCGGCUGCUCAUACUCCCAGUUCAUCGUUCUCCGCUACCAGGCCAGCCACUGCUGACUCACCAUCUCUUCCACCAUCGAGCUACUUUCCCCGCCAAAGUCACGAAGCACCAAGAUCACACAGGCCAACAUCGGAUGCCUCAUAUUACACAGCCCGGCCGACACCUGCAGAGGUCGAACAGCACCGGUUCUCUGGCUUGUUUAGCUCCGCUCUCCCGCCAGACGUUACGAGUCCUCCGCAAGAAGCGACUCCGCCGCGUACGGCCCCCGCUGACAUGCCGAUCUUGUUUGUGUGUGCAAGCUUGUUUGAGUUCAGCAUCGACAGGACCCGCAAAGAGGGCGGAUAUCCCUACCUGCAGUACGUGCAGGGCGAAGUCUUCGAUGUACUCGCGCAGAAGGGCGAGCUGUGGCUGGCGAAGAACCAAGAUGAUCCGACUAACGAACUGGGCUGGAUCUGGGAACAGCACUUCAUCAUACUGUCGUCGGAGAACUAAAACAUUGCGCGUAUCGCAAAUCACUCAUUUACUUGCUUACGAAUUGGACGAAACAGCAACAUGCACGGAAGGCGCGCCGGCGGAGCGAAUCGGCCUGUCGACACAUAUUCUGACUGGACAGCCUGCGCCUUUUGUGCUGCAGAAGCACUUCUUAUGUUUACUUAUCCUCUGAUUGUUACCAGCGUCGGUUUAUCAAGCGGAGGCGUUGGCUGGCGCUCUUUAAUGGCACGACCUGUGCACUUGUCUGGGAGCGAAUUCUUUUUGUUUGAAUAGACAUAUCUGUCUGUCUGUGUAUGAUAGGAUCGGGCUAUGAAGUGGGUACAUUGGACUUCAAAAGUAGAACAGGGCGUUCUGCAGCGAACGCUGUGCUGAUGACAUAGGGGGUCGAGAGUCUGCUAGCAGACGCACGUGUGUAGUAGGACACGG